AUGUGUGAUAAAUACAAAUGUGAAAAUGAUGAUUGGUUAUUUGAUUUGUAUAAAAUAAAGGAAAUGUGGUGUCCUACUUAUUCUAAGAAGUAUUGGUCUGGUGGUAUAUUGUCCUCUCAACGUAGUGAAACUACUAAUAAGUCAGUUUCACAACGUCUUAAUAAGACUCAAGGUUUAUGUGAUUUUUAUCAUGUUUUUCUUGAUGUCAUUUCUGAGUGGAGAAGUAAGGAAGGUGGAAGAGAUUACAAUACUUUGAGGGGUAAUAGGCACCUAGCUUUUGCUAAUAUUGGUAUAUUAGUUCAUGCAAGAUCAUUGUACACUAUUCAAGCUUAUGUGCUUUUUGAAGAGGAGUUCAUUAGGGGGACAGCUUAUGAUCAUGUUGAUAAUGGUUUGUGUUUUCCAGAAUAUUCAUAUCUUCUUUGGAGGCCUGGGAAGGAUAUAAUUAAGCAUGAAGUUGUUUUUAAUAAGGAAACACAUGCAGUUUGUUGCACAUGCAUGUACUUUAGUGAGACUGGUUUACUUUGUUCUCAUUCUCUUUGA